UGCAAGGGCACAAUUGCCCGUUGCCCGUUACACGUCAGUGGAUUAUAUCGCGUUAGCAUGUUCAAAUAUGAGAGAAGUAAUGUAUACAUUUGGAGAUGGUUUUUUUCUUAAAGAUAAUUACACUUGCUUUAUCUACAAUAAGAAAAGAUACAUAAUUGAUAACACCUGUCUUCAGCCACGUUAAAUAAUCAUUCGAAUCCAUAUGACUUGUUUUAUAUUUUUACCAGUGUCUAUUGUAUUCAACUCUUUUACACUGUUUUUAUCAAAACGUUCAAUAUGGAAUACAAUGACGAUACAUGGAAAUUUAUUUUUCCACUUUUUAUUAAUUUCGCGAUGUCAAUUAGUGUGUAUUUUUUAACUAUACGUUUAAUUCCAAAGAUAAAAGACAUGUUUAUUAAGGCUAACCUAUAUGGUAUUGAUAUGAAUAAAAGUAGUGGUGAAAAAGUGCCAGAAGCAAUAGGUGUUGUUACUGGGUGUCUGUUCCUUAUAACUCUUUUUCUGUUUAUUCCCAUACCAUUUACAAAUUAUAUAUUUAAUGACACAAACUUCCCUCAUAGUGAGUUUAUGGAAUUUUUGGCUGCUCUACUUUCAAUUUGUUGUAUGUUACUUUUGGGUUUUGCUGAUGAUGUUUUGGAUCUACGUUGGCGGCACAAAUUAUUAUUACCAACCAUUGCUUCUUUACCACUUUUGAUGGUAUAUUACAUUAAUUUUAACUCUACAUUAAUUAUUGUACCAAAACCAUUAAGAUCAUGGCUAGGUUUCUCUGUGGAUCUUUGGAUAUUUUAUUAUUUAUACAUGGGAAUGUUGGCAGUAUUUUGCACAAAUGCCAUAAAUAUAUUGGCUGGUAUAAAUGGUCUAGAAGUUGGUCAAAGCCUGAUAAUUGCACUAAGCAUUCUUAUAUUUAAUAUAAUAGAAUUAUCAGGAAAUCUUUGGAAGGCACAUCAGUUUUCAUUAUAUUUUAUGAUUCCAUAUAUUGCUACUUCAUUAGGCUUAUUGAAAUUUAAUUGGUAUCCAGCUCAAGUAUUUGUAGGUGAUACUUUUUGUUAUUUAUCUGGCAUGACAUUUGCUGUUGUUGGCAUCAUUGGCCACUUUAGUAAAACAACGUUGUUGUUUUUCAUUCCACAAAUAAUUAAUUUUCUUUAUAGUGUACCUCAAUUAUUUCAUUUUAUACCAUGUCCUAGACAUAGAUUACCAAAAUAUAAUAAAGAAACAGAUAAAUUAAUGAUUAGCAAUACAGUAUUUAAUAGAAAAGAUAUUGGAGUUAUUGGUUCAUUCAUAUUAUGGCUAUUUGGAAAUUUAAAUAUAAUCAAGUGGGAAGAGGAUAGUAAAGGUGUUGUUACUUGCAAUAAUCUUACAUUGAUUAAUUUUGUUCUUAUUAAAACUGGUCCAAUGAAAGAAUCUACACUCACAUUAACAUUACUGAUAAUUCAGGUUGUCAGCAGUUUGUUAGCAUUUGUUAUAAGAUACCCUCUUGCUUCAGUCUUCUAUGAUAUUUAAAAAAAAUGAACAAGUGAAAUACAAUAUUAUUUAUUAUUUCAUAAUGAAAUAAUAGAUUAAUUGUUAUACUUUUGGUACAAAAAUUUUGUAUUCAUAGUGUCACUGUACAUCCAUCGACCAUUGUAAACAAUGUAGAUAUUGCUUUAUUUUCAGGAAAUGAAUAUGUUCCUUUCUAGUUUGUAAGUUAUAUUAUAUUUUAUAUCUCAAAUUGUACAUAAUUUGAUUAAAAGUACUUUAUAAUAUAAUA